AUUUACACCCACGUGACUCUAUAGAGAUUUCUGAGCAGGGCGAGCGAGCGACUGUGAUUGGCCGAUCUCCGCGCAUGCGCACUGACGACAGUUCGCCCCCCCCCCCUUGCACUCCCCCCGCGGCGUCGCCGUUGCCGUGGCGACCCCGCGCAUGCGCAGUGCGCGCCCAACCGCCGCCACUGUACGCGAGGCAGCUGCAGAUGGCGGUGCGGUGGUGCGGUGCCGCUGUGGCGCCGGCGUCCGCCCAGCAAGCCGCCCGGCAAGCCGCCCGGAGCCGCUCGGAGCGCGUGGAGGGCGUGGAGCGUGAGCGGCGUGUGGAGCGUGUGGAGCAUGAGGAGCGUGUGGAGCGUGAGCGGCGUGUGGAGCGUGUGGAGCGUGUGGAGCGUGAGCGGCGGCAGUGGGGGCAGCAUGCAGGGGAGUUGCGCUACCUGGAGCUGCGCUCAGCUGCACAGGCUCGCUGGGGGCUGGCGGCGGAGGUGAACCCCCGGUCACCGCCGCCGCCGCCGCGACCUCCUCGCUCGCGCUCCCUGAGCCGUCGCCGCGCCGCCCUGGCCCAGCUGCUGAGCCGCGAGGGGGCGGAGCUGGAGGCGGAGCUGGGGGCGGGGCCGGGGGCGGGGCCGGGGGCGGAGCUUGCGCGGCGGAGGCGCGGGGGGACGGAGGGCUCCUGGAAGGCGGCGGCCGCGGAGACGGCGCGGAAGCUGAAGGAGGCUCGCGAAGAACGGAGACGCAAGGUCGCUGCUGAGCUGCUGGAGGAGCACUGGAGGCGGGGAAAUCAUGAGAUACGGAAGGCCGAGUCGGAGUGCAUGGGGCGCCAGGUGGUAGCCAGCUGGGCCACUCAGCUGCAGGAGAAGGAGGAGCGUGAGGCGAGCGAGCGCCGUGCCCGUGAGGAGGAGGCUGCUGCACUGGCGCUGCAGCACGAGGAGGAGGAGCGCCGGCAGAGCCGGGAGCACCGGGCCCAGCGCCAGCGGAGGGAGCGGCACGCCCAGGAGCUCCUCCGCCAGGCGGAGGAGCUGCACCAGCGGGAGCGGCAGGGCCAGGAGCUGGAGAUGGAGUGGGCCCGGCUGGUGCAGCAGAAAGCGGCGCUGGAGGAGCUGGAGGAGCAGCGCAGAGAGAACCAGCGGAGGAGGGAGAGGCAGCAGCACGGGCAUUUCCUAGCAAGCCAAUACAAGGCCCAGAUGAGGAGGAGAACGCAGCAGAAACAGCAGGAGCUGGAGGAGCAGCAGGAGGUGCUGGUGGCGCUGGCUCUGGAGCAGCAGGAGGAGCUGGUGCAGCGCUCGGAGCACCGGGACAGCGCCCGGCGGGAGCUGGAGCUGGCGCAGCGCUCGCUGGCACAGCGGUUGGAGGAGGAGCGCCGGCACGAGGAGCUCAUAGACUCAUACUACCGUGAGGAGGCUCGCCGCGUGUGGGAGCAGCGUGAGGAUGAGUGGCAGCGUGAGCAGCGAGCUCGCGACAAGCUCACACAGCAGGUGCUCCAGGCGCGUCGUGAGCAGGUGGAGGAGCGCCGUGAGUCGUUGCUGGCUCAGCGAGAGUCCUGCCUGGCACAGCGGCGGCUGUUGCUGCUGUCGCUGGAGCGACAGCAGCAGGAGGAGCGGCACAGCGAGCGGGAGGAGAGCCACAAGCGGCGCUCCGCCUGGACCACUGAGCUCUCCAAUCAGGUGCUGGAGAAGCAGCGGCUGGAGGCAUCGCGGCUCCAGCUGGAGGCCGCUCAGCAGAGCGGCGAGCGGGAGCGGCGACGCCAGGAGCAGCGGCUGACCCAGCGGCACCUCGACACCCUGGAGCGGAGCACCACCACUCCACGUUCGUUCCUUCGUCCAAGGAGCGCCUGGACCUGACGGGAUGCUGGCACUGGGAUUUACAGAAUUCCCAACCCUCAUCCUGACAUUCCCAUCUCUCGUCCCAAAAUUCCCAACUCUCACACCAGAAUUCCUGAAUCUCACCCCAGAAUUCCCAACUCCCAUCCCAGAAUUCCCAACUCACAUCCCGGAAUUCCCAACUCCCAUCCCAGAAAUCCCAACUCCCACACCAGAAUUCCUCAACUCUCACACCAGAAUUCCCAACUCCCAUCUCAGAAAUCCCAACUCUCACACCAGAAUUCCAAACUCUGAUCCAAGAUUACCAGAAUUCCCAACUCCGACACCAAAUUCCCAACUCCCAUCCCAGAAUUCCCAACUCCGACACCAAAAUUCCCAACUCCCAUCCCAGAAUUCCCAACUCCCAUCCCAGAAAUCCCCAACUCCGACACCAGAAUUCCCAACUCUGAUCCAAGAUUAUCAGAAUUCCCAACUCCCAUCCCAGAAUUCCCAACUCCCACACCAGAAUUCCUCAACUCCCAUCUCAGAAAUCCCAACUCUCACACCAGAAUUCCCAACUCUGAUCCAAGAUUAUCAGAAUUCCCAACUCCGACACCAGAAUUCCCAACUCUCAUCCCAGAAUUCCCAACUCCCAUCCCAGAAAUCCCAAUUCCCACACCAGAAUUCCCAACUCUGAUCCAAGAAUUCCCAACUCCCAUCCCAGAAUUCCCAACUCCCAUCCCAGAAUUCCUAACUCCCAUCCCAGAAUUCCCAACUCACAUCCCAGAAUUCCCAACUCCCACACCAGAAAUCCCCAACUCUCACACCAGAAUUCCCAACUCUGAUCCAAGAAUUCCCAACUCUGAUCCCAUAAUUCCCAACUCCCAUCCCAGAAAUCCCAACUCCCAUCCCAGAAAUCCCAACUCUCACACCAGAAUUCCCAACUCUGAUCCAAGAAUUCCCAACUCCCAUCCCAGAAUUCCCAACUCCCAUCCCAGAAUUCCCAACUCACAUCCCAGAAUUCCCAACUCCCACACCAGAAAUCCCCAACUCUCACACCAGAAUUCCCAACUCUGAUCCAAGAAUUCCCAACUCUGAUCACAGAAUUCCCAACUCCCAUCCCAGAAUUCCCAACUCCCAUCCCAGAAAUCCCAACUCCCAUCCCAGAAAUCCCAACUCUCACACCAGAAUUCCCAACUCUGAUCCAAGAAUUCCCAACUCCCAUCCCAGAAUUCCCAACUCCCAUCCCAGAAUUCCUAACUCCCAUCCCAGAAUUCCCAACUCACAUCCCAGAAUUCCCAACUCCCACACCAGAAAUCCCCAACUCUCACACCAGAAUUCCCAACUCUGAUCCAAGAAUUCCCAACUCUGAUCCCAGAAUUCCCAACUCCCAUCCCAGAAAUCCCAACUCCCAUCCCAGAAAUCCCAACUCUCACACCAGAAUUCCCAACUCUGAUCCAAGAAUUCCCAACUGUCAUCGUGACCGUGCGUGAUUGUUUGUGUUUGUUGUUGUGUUUGUUGUUGUGUGUUUUGUUUUGGUGAGGUUCGUUAAUUUAUAAAGUGCCUGAUUAUGGUUA